AUGGGUUCGAAGUCAGUUGUUGACAUGAUAGAAGCUUCUUCCAAGGUUCAUUAUUCUGGCUUCCACAUGAACGGUCACAUUGAACCAAGUGCGUUUCAGGAAACCACUUGUGCAUCACCAGACGUUCAAAGGCAGCCUUUUGUAAUAGGUGUCGCUGGAGGCGCAGCGUCGGGAAAGACUUCUGUUUGCGAUAUGAUAAUUCAGCAAUUGCAUGAUCAGCGUGUUGUACUUGUUAACCAGGACUCGUUCUACCAUAGUUUGACUGAAGAAGAACUUGCUAGAGUUCAUGAAUACAACUUUGACCAUCCAGACGCAUUUGACACGGAUCAUUUGUUGUCUUGUAUGGAGAAACUAAGGCAAGGACAAGCUGUGGAUAUUCCAAAAUACGACUUCAAAACUUACAAAAGCAGUGUCUCUAGAAGGGUAAACCCUUCGGAUGUAAUAUUACUUGAAGGUAUACUUCUGUUCCAUGAUCCACGAGUCCGAGGAUUGAUGAACAUGAAGAUUUUUGUGGAUACAGAUGCUGAUGUACGCUUGGCAAGAAGGAUAAAACGUGAUACUUCCCAAAAUGCUAGAGAUAUUGGCACAGUACUCGAUCAGUACUCAAAGUUUGUGAAGCCUGCUUUUGAUGACUUCAUUCUUCCAACGAAGAAGUAUGCAGAUAUCAUCAUUCCUCGUGGCGGGGAUAAUCAUGUGGCUAUUGACUUGAUCGUGCAACAUAUUUGCACCAAGCUGGGUCAGCAUGAUCUCUGUAAAAUAUACCCGAACCUAUAUGUUAUACAAUCAACAUUUCAGAUACGAGGGAUGCACACCCUUAUACGUGAUUCCCAGACAACCAAACAUGAUUUCGUCUUUUAUUCUGAUCGAUUGAUUCGGCUGGUUGUAGAGCAUGGUCUUGGACAUCUGCCUUUUACUGAAAUGCAGGUCAUCACUCCAACCGGAUCUGUAUAUUCUGGUGUGGAUUUCUGUAAACGGUUAUGUGGUGUCUCCGUGAUUAGGAGUGGUGAGAGCAUGGAGAAUGCGUUGCGAGCAUGUUGCAAAGGUAUCAAAAUAGGGAAGAUCCUAAUCCACAGAGAAGGCGACAACGGUCAACAGCUUGUUUAUGAGAAACUGCCUAAUGAUAUCUCGGAAAGGCACGUCCUCUUGUUGGAUCCUAUCCUUGGCACAGGAAACUCAGCAGUUCAAGCUAUCAAUCUUCUUAUAAGGAAAGGUGUACCUGAGGGAAACAUCAUAUUUCUAAACCUUAUAAGCGCACCUCAAGGUGUUCAUGUGGUGUGCAAGAAGUUUCCAAGGUUAAAGAUAGUAACAUCGGAGAUUGAAAACGGGCUAAACGAAGAGUUCCGUGUCAUUCCCGGUAUGGGUGAGUUUGGAGACCGAUAUUUUGGUACCGACGAUGAUUAG